CGGUUACUUCUACCUAACAUUCUGACCUGGUCUUUAGUUUGAGGCCACAAACUCUUCUUCACCUGGCUUGAAUUGAUUCUUCAUUGGCAAAUGAAAUUGAUCUGUUUGAUCACCAUCUUCUUCUAAACAAGAACUGAAUCUUUACUCUGUUCUCUGCACAUGGAAAUCUCUGGCAAUAACAUGCUUGGGAUCCUUGUUUUGCUGUUAUUUGUGAUGGGAAGUCUUAGUACCGGCUGCUGCAUUGGAGCUGGUUCAACAGCGGGUUGCAUCACGAGUGAGAGAUUGGCUCUUUUGGAGUUCAAGCAAGGCCUCAUGGAUGAUUCGAACCGGUUAUCUUCUUGGACGGGAGACAAUUGCUGCAGAUGGGACGGCGUUAUAUGUGACAACAUAACCAGUAAUAUCGUUAAGCUGGACCUCAGGAAUAGAGAUGAAACCAGCUCGGGGUUAGUGGGAGGUGAGAUUAGCAGUUCUCUACUCAAUUUGACUCGCCUCGGUUACCUGGACCUCAGCACGAAUGAUUUUUCAGGAGCCCGAAUUCCCAACUUUAUCGGUUCUUUAGCUCAGCUAAGAUAUCUCAACCUCUCUUCUUCUAGGUUCAUGGGCAACAUCCCCCACAGUCUGGGCAAUCUUUCAAACUUGCAGUAUCUUGAUCUUCGUUCAGAACAAUUGAGUGCUGAAACCGGCCUCUUCUUCUUAUCCACACUUUCUUCCUUGAAAUAUUUAGACAUGUCAAGCAUAGACCUCGCCAAUGCGAGCGACUGGUUACAUGAUCUUAGUAGGAUCCCAUCUCUGUCUGAGUUGCGCUUAUCUGGUUGCAAACUCCCUCCCCACAUUUCAAAAGGUAACCUUACAUCGCUCUCAACUCUCAUCCUUGAUUCGAAUAACUUCAACUCCACCGUCCCAUCAUGGCUGUUUAACAUUAGCAGCAUUGAGCAUCUAGACCUGAGUUAUUGUUAUCUUCUGGGGUCCGUCCCCAGGGAGAUUGGCAAUCUGAUGUUGCUUUCAGUUCUAGUCCUAUCUAGCAAUCAUCUGGCUGGAGAAAUACCCGUGGAGUUGAGUGGCCUAUGCAACUUGCGCAAACUUGAUUUAGAUUAUAACAGUUUUGUCGGCGGUAUGUCAACAUUAUUUGGCAACCCAUUUGGUUGCAUCCAAAGAAGUUUGGAGUCUGUGACUCUUGAAAGCAAUAGUUUAAGCGGGAGUCUUCCAAAUCAGUUAGGCGACUUUGAACAACUAAAGAUAUUUAAUGCUUUUCAAAACUCUAUUCAAGGCAGUCUACCAAAUGGUUUGGGGCGGAUGAAAAACCUGGAAUUUAUGGCCCUUUCUGGUAAUUCAAUCGGAGGUCCAAUCCCAACAUCGAUUGGGAGACUUUCACGUUUAAAGGAAGUGCACCUUGCUGAUAACCUUUUGAAUGGAAGCAUUCCAAAAAGUCUGGGGCAGCUUUCCAGCCUUCAAACUCUUGAUCUUGGUAACAACUCAUUGUGUGGUGAAGUAACUGAGCUUCACUUGUCAAACCUUAGGAGCUUGAGACGAUUAAGUAUUCGUCGGAACUCAUUGUUGAGUUUUGACAUUGAUCCUGCAUGGGUCCCACCUUUUCAACUCGAACUCGUUUCGCUAUCGUCUACCAAAGUAGGGCCCAAAUUCCCUCUGUGGCUAAAGGAACAGGUAAACAUUACAGUCUUGAUGAUGUCAAAUGCUAGCAUUUCUAGUAGCAUACCAAGUUGGUUCGGAGACAUUUCUUCUGGUAUUCAAUGGUUAGAUCUCUCCCACAACCUUAUUACGGGAAACUUGCCCGAGUUGAGAAACUAUUCAGCUCUUGAUCCAUUUAGGUGCAUCUUUUUGAACUCCAACCGUUUUCAGGGCCCUUUACCUCACCUCUCGUCUGAUAUAAAUAUGCUUGACAUUUCCAAUAACAUGAUACACGGCGUAAUUCCACAAAACAUUGGUGCCACAAUGCCAAACCUGCAAUAUUUGCGCAUCUCAGGCAACCGUCUCAAUGGAAGCAUGCCAGCUUCUUUUUGCAAGAUACGGAGUUUAACUAUCCUUGAUUUGUCAGACAAUCAACUAUCAGGAACACUUCCUUCAGCUUGUUCGCAAUGGAAUCUAGAAGUGUUAGAUCUAUCAAGCAACCAUUUCAGUGGGUCAAUUCCAGCUCAUUUGGGUUCUUUGACUGGUCUGCAAUCCUUGCACUUAGAGAACAACAGCUUGCAUGGAAAGAUCCCAGAAUCUUUGAAGGAUUUGAGCUACUUAAGCGUACUUGAUCUUAGUCAGAAUGCAUUAGAUGGGGCCAUUCCUUCAUGGAUUGGUGAAAACUGGUCUUCAUUAAAGGUGCUCAAUCUUCAUUCCAACAGGUUCAAUUCCGAGGUUCCUCUGAAGCUUUGCACCCUCUCCUCUCUUCGCAUAUUAAAUGUUGCAAACAAUGAACUGUCUGGGAAAAUCCCAGCUUGUUUUUCCAAUUUCACCGGCAUGGUUGUCAAUGGAGUUGAGGGACCUCAGUGGGAUUUUGGGAUAGAUGACAGCCCCAAUGUUGCAGACCCUCAAUAUGUUGAGAAUGUUUUCGGCUACAUGAAAGGAAGAGAGCUCUUUUAUUCCAAGACACUCCGGUUUCUAUUUUCCAUUGAUCUCUCAAGAAACAAUCUCUCAGGACAAAUCCCUCACGAGUUAACAGGCCUUUGGCUGCUGCAAAAUCUGAACCUCUCCAGGAACAACUUAAACGGGCAGAUAACUCCAAGCAUUGGCAACAUGGCAGCAUUGGAAUCUCUUGACCUGUCCAGAAAUCAAUUCUCUGGCGCGAUCCCUCGUGCCAUUUCCAGUCUGAACUUCCUCAGCUACUUGGAUUUGUCCUAUAACAACUUGUCUGGCCCUAUUCCACGAGGAACCCAACUUCAAACCCUUGACAAAUCAUCCUACGUUGGAAAUAGUGGUCUCUGCGGUCCUCCAUUAGGGAGCUGCCAUGGUGGUGAUGAUAAAGCCCCACCACAUGAACCCCAAAAGGAAACAUCAGGCCUUGAUGAUGAUGGUGGUGAUGAUGGUGAAGUGGUUUGGUUUUUUUCUGGUUUGGGUGCUGGGUUCAUUGCAGGGCUUGUUGCAGGGUGCAGCAUUUUGUAUUGCAAGAGUUCGUGGAGGUGGAAAUGCAAUCUGUGGGUCGUCCAAAUCUGCUCCAGGCUCUCUGCUAAACGUACAUGAACGUACAUGUUAGAAUAUAAAUAAUUGUUCCUGGGCCACAACCACAAGCUUGAGCUUUUGGUUGAGUUGAUUCCUUGACAUGGUAUCAGAGCCUCGUUGACUAAAAGGUCACGUGUUCGAAACUCAGCGCCACCCAGUUUAAAAAAAUUAAGGUUUCACGUGCAAGGCUCGAAAAAAAACUACGCCUGCACGUGAGGGGCGUGUUAGAAUAUAAAUAACUGUUCCUGGGCCACAACCACAAGCUUGAGCUUUUGGUUGAGUUGGUUCCUUGACAGUACAGUUCGUCCAAACCUGCUCCGGGCUCGAGGUUGACAAUGUCGGGGUCUUAUCGACAAUGAUGGUCUCGGGUCUGGUGUCAAUCUUGGUGUCAUUUUUGGGGU